AUGACUCUACUGGGCGAACGCCAGCAUUCUCAGGCAGACCAAGAUCUCCACUGGUACACCUCAAAUGUGGUGACUCCCGAAUUUCCCCAAAUCAUAGAAGCUCUACAGAUAUGCUGCAACUUGCUCAUCUUCAACUCUCCCCAAGAGCCAGACGAAGCCAAUCGGAUUGAACGGGGCCCCGCAAUCAAGUUACCCUUUUCCACCAACAAGCUGGAGGCCCUCAAAGGUAUUAUAGUCCGGGAUGGACAGCAUGUCACCAAAAUGUCGCUAGCUAUAAGAGAUUCCCACUUCAAAACUCUCCAUCGCUUGACAUUGAAGGAGCCCAUUUUGUUGGCCCAGAUCGUGACAGCAAAGGACUCGGUGGAGAAGGCUAUCGCAAUCUUGCGAGACUUGGCCAAGGGAGACGACUGCUCCACCAUUGGCCACCAGAAAUUGAUCGAAUCAUUCAGCUCGCUUCUUCAUGAGAUCCAGAUUGCCAAAAGUAGCUUACAGCUACCCACAGACCCCAGUCUAGUCUUCCCCGUCAACGUUACUCCUUUGCUGGCGUUUGAACCCGAACUCCCGCCCACGGUGGCCAUUGACUUGUACAUCAGCCAAGCCGAAGUCUGCGUCGACCUCAAGAGCCUCCAUCGAGUGACAGAAAGGCCGUGGGGAGACAUCACCCCCACCGGUUUGUCCUACAUCGACAAGAUAAGGGAUGAAAUGAAACUCCCAAGCUCGCAUACCACGCCUGGGGCCAUAUCGGUGGCAGCAACUCCAGUGAGGCCUGCCUCGCCGCUCAAUGUGUCGGAAAUUGAGGACAGAUUGAAUCAGUUGACCCAGAGCUCUGACAGGUCACACGAAGGCUCGCGGAUAUUUAGCAAUGUCAUUAGUCACUUGCUGUUGAAGCCCAAGUUGGAGCCCAUUGAUUAUGUCACCAAGUGUAUUACCUACAACAACAUGGUAGUGAUGAUUAAUAAGAAGAUCGAGGUGUCCUCGCCCGACCCGGUGUUGGUAAGUGCGUUCACCAAGUUGGACAGUGUGGAGUAUUUGAUCAGCAGCUUUCUUGUCAAUCUCGAGUGUCUCCUAAACUAG